AUGCAAAGCACGAACCAGAGGUCGAAUGCCUUACAAAGUGUACUUGGUAUCUUCCUACAGUCAACACAUACCCCUCAGAAAGUCAUCGACACGCUCUCACACAUCGGAAUCUCGAUAUCUACUAACUCAAUCCGCGCUGCUAUUCAAUCGCUGUCAGCCAAGUCGCAAAAUACUCUCCGAACCAUUGGAAAAUCCCUACUCACAUCAUAUGCUUAUGAUAACUUUGAUGUCGACCUAAAAUCUCAAGUUCCUCAGGCCGAGAAGUCAAAUGAAUCAUUAAAGCACCUCACCUCCGGUUUACUAUUUCCAUUGGAGCAUGGAGUCACCACAGAUGACUUAAAGUGCUCAGAGGAGUUGUGGAGACGGUCAAUGCUCAAUCCCCAUGCACAGCCAACCAUGCUACCGCCAAAAAGAUCAUGGAAGGAUCUUUUGCAUAUCCACCUGGAAUCACGGGAUGACUCCACACCCCAACUCUCCCGACGUGAUCAGUUCAAUGCCCGGAUGUUCUUGUUGGACUUGUGCGAACACGGGCCAUUGUACUUUCGUCGUUUUCAAUCUGAAGUCCCCGAGGCCGAAGCUGUUGAAGAGAUACCAUUAAUUAAAACACCAAUCACAGCUGCACGUGCUAUGGACAUCAAUAACUCAACUGUCAGCGGUAACAUUCGCACAGUCAUGGAACUACUGGUGCAGGGCGGCGUCUAUGAUCCUGAUGCUGACAUCCUUGACAAUCCCGACAUCUCACAAUAUGUUAUCUUGAUGGCAUGCGCUGAUGCCAUUUGGCGCAUCUUCCUGCAGCCAUUGGCAGCUCGAGAGGACACAACAAGUUUAAUGCGCGAUGUAACACAGCUUCGACCUAAGGAGACGGGAACGUACUGCUUGAAGCCAGGAUUCCGGCGGAUGCACCAACUGAUAGGCUAUGCUGGCAUAUGUCGGCGGCUUGAUUGUUGGCGAGCUCAUGUAGCGAGUAUAGAUCCAAGUCAUGCAAGCCUCGAGGCAUUUGCAGCCUCCGAACCAACCCUUGACGAGUUAAAGAUCAUCGCAAAUGAGAUAGCGUUGAAAUACGUCGCAAAUCACAAGUUGCUAUGGAUGCGCCGUAAGCCUCGAGAGCAGCAGGAUAUGCAACAUGAAAACGCACUCCUACUCAACAAAUAUUUCCUCCUCUAUGAGGAGUUAUCUUACUCGAUGAACCGCAGAGAUAUUGGGCGAGUAGAGACGUCUAUUGUAGCAUGGAUUCCAAUCCUGAAGGCCACAGGAAAACAUAAAUAUGCUACGCACAUGACAAACUUCUUGAUCAACACGCACUUUGUUUUUCCUGCCGGCCUAAAGCGCACUGUGCGUUACCACAUCCUCAUCAACCCAAAUGGAAAGGCAAUGAAGUGGCGAGCAGUUGAUUGGUGUGUCGAGCUAAACAACCUGUUUACGAAGGUGAAGAAUGGUGGGAAGGGGUCAAACCGCACAGUAGAGCGAAUCUUCCUUGAAUCUCCUCUAGUCCAGGCCUAUCGAAACAUUCAAGUCAUGGUGCAAAAGAAUUUCCUGCACGCCCACCUUACAACGAACCAUGCUGCCCCAAAUAUGACGAAGACAUUUGAAGGGUUAUCUAUCAAGAUGGCAGCGCAAUCCCCGCAUACUGUGGUACUAGGUAGAAAAACGCGUUGCGAGAUCCCUGACCUCAUUGACAAAGGAAGGGAUAUGAUGGAAAAAGCAGCUCGUGGUGAGAGUACCAAUGAAUUUAGUGAGAUGGAUGUUAGAGAAGAGGGGGCAGAAAUCGAGGACAUAUUGAUGGAGCUAUAG